CUGUUACUAGUUAGCUGGAAUUGUUUUAUAUUCUGUUUGGAAUUAUAUUCUUAUUGGAAAAUGAGCCUUGUUUUCCAUAGCAAGUGUAUGGUGUUCUUUCAAGUGUAUGGGUAAGCAACGAUGGUGAAGUUGCUUAUGUUUGGAAUAUUUAUCCAAAAAGCUGUCCAAGUAGCAGUCUCUUUUUAUUGGCACUACACCCAUAGUUAAGUGGGGCAGAGUGAUGGCAGUGGUUUUUCUAUAGUUUUCUACAGUUCAGGAACUGGGUCUAACCUGAUCAUGUGUUUCAUCCUUGUGAAAGGCAUGUUUGUAACAUUAGAGUUUUUUGCUAUGUUGGUAACGUGUGAAGUGCAUGUCUUAAUACUGUACUGUCAUAGCUAAAUGUAUUCUGUAUAUUUCUUAUAUUGAAGUUUAGUCAGUUUAUAGCAGUUUUAUAUUGGAAAAACUCUUAAAACCUCAUUUUUUAAUUUCUCCCCUUGCUCUUUAAACAACAGGGCACUUUCUUGCUAUGCUCUUGGCUUGCCUACCUUCCUGGAUUGCUUUUCUUGAUUAAGCCUUUUUUAUCACGUUUGAAGACAUGAGGAUACCUCUGAAUUAAAAGUGAUAUGACUAUGAAGGAUAAUUUCUACAGUAUUAACCUCCAAAUCACAGGAUUAGAACAAAGAUGGACAGUUAAGAAAAGUAUUGAGCAUCUCCAAGUAAAUAGAAAACUGUGUGACACAAAAGAUGAGCUUUCUUAGAAACGUUUUUCUUUAUAAGUGUCUCUUUGCAUUAACUUUUUGGAACCACGUCAGCCUCUCUGUGGAAGAUGAACUCUUCACAUCUGUUUCUAACAAUUUUCCAGAAGAUGAUUCUAACCAAAAAAUCAAGAGCCUGCCACUCCUGUAUACAAACAGUAAUCAAUCCAAAGCUGAUUUUGAUUGGGUUGUGAUACGAAAUACUACAGAAAGUCUGUCAUUGUCAGAAAUCACAGAUGACAACGUGGAAAAAUUGAUAGCUUUAUUAUCUAAUUUCAGACAAGGAUCCAGAUUACAAAAUCUGACACUGACAAAUGUGUCAGUGGAUUGGAAAUUUCUUAUGGAAAUUUUUCAGACUGUAUGGCACUCAUCCAUUGAAUACUUCAAUACUAACAAUGUAACACAACUGUCAGAUGUUGAAAGUUAUAACUUUGACUAUUCAGGUACUUCUAUGAAAGCAUUGACGAUGAAGAAAAUUAUAAUCACGGACAUGUACUUCACACAGGAUGACCUAUACAAAAUAUUUGCAGACAUGAAUAUUGCAGACAUGACAAUAGCUGAUUCAGAGAUGAUUCAUAUGCUUUGUCCUUCAUCUAAGAGUCCCUUUAGAUACCUAAAUUUUUUAAAGAAUGAUUUAACAGAUUUUCUUUUUCAAAAAUGUGACAACCUACUUCAGCUGGAGACAUUAAUCUUGCAGAAGAAUAAAUUUGAGAGCCUUCGCAAAGUAAGCUUCAUGACCAGCCGUAUGAAAUCACUGAAAUACCUGGACAUGAGCUACAACCUGCUGCGCCACGAUGGAGCGGACGUGCAAUGCCAGUGGGCUGAGUCCCUGACAGAGCUGGACCUGUCCUCCAAUCAGUUGGCGGAUGUUGUGUUUGAGUGCUUGCCAAUCAACGUCAAAAAACUCAGCCUACAAAACAAUCAGAUCAGCAAUGUCCCCAGGGGGGUGGCGGAGCUGAAGUCCUUGGAAGAGCUGAACCUGGCAUCGAACAGGCUGGCCGACCUGCCGGGCUGCGGUGGCUUUACAUCCCUGCAGUUCCUGAACAUAGAGAUGAAUUCGAUCCUCACCCCAUCUGCUGACUUCUUCCAGAGCUGCCCAAGGGUGAGGGAGCUGCAGGCCGGGCACAACCCGUUCAAGUGUUCCUGUGAACUGCAAGCCUUUAUCCGCCUGGAGAGGCGGUCGGGGGGGAAGCUGUUUGGCUGGCCAGCGGCGUACGUGUGCGAGUACCCAGAAGGCUUGCGAGGAACGGAGCUCAAGGACUUCCACCUGAGCCUGCUGGCCUGCAACACGACGCUCCUGCUUGUGACAGCUCUGCUGCUGACGCUGCUGCUGGUGGCUGCGGUGGCCUUUCUGUGCAUCUACCUGGAUGUGCCGUGGUAUGUGCGGAUGACGUGGCAGUGGACGCAGACGAAGCGCAGAGCUUGGCACAACCCUCCCGGAGAUCAGGGGGCCGUUCUGCAAUUCCACGCGUUCAUUUCCUACAGCGAGCGCGAUUCGCUGUGGGUGAAGAACGAGCUGAUCCCGAACCUGGAGAAGGGGGAGGGCUGCGUCCAACUGUGCCAGCACGAGAGAAACUUUAUCCCCGGCAAGAGCAUUGUGGAGAACAUCAUUAACUGCAUUGAGAAGAGCUACAAGUCCAUCUUUGUGUUGUCUCCCAACUUUGUGCAGAGUGAGUGGUGUCACUAUGAGCUGUACUUUGCCCAUCACAAGUUAUUCAGUGAGAAUUCCAACAGCUUAAUCCUCAUUUUACUGGAGCCAAUCCCUCCGUACCUUAUCCCUGCCAGGUAUCACAAGCUGAAAGCUCUCAUGGCAAAGCGCACCUACGUGGAAUGGCCGAAGGAGAGGAGCAAGCGUGCCCUAUUCUGGGCUAACCUCAGGGCAGCCAUUAACAUUAACCUGCCAAAAGCUGAUGAAAACUUGUCUGAGGAAACAGAUUAAGAAAUCUUUCUAUUGGAGUUUCAUCUCCAAUAGUGAAAUAAUUAUUAGUGAAAUAAUAAAUAUGAUUUCCAUUCAUUGUAAAUCUA